UAUUCUUGUUUGAUGCCCUGUGGCCAUGUGACCUGUAGCUGUGUGGUCCAAAAAAAAUUUGCUGUAGUGCCUUGUCAUACCAAUGCACUAGACGUAAGUGUGGUUUGUGACAGGGAGAUAAGGUACAUGUAUAUUAUUUGCCUUCAAGAGAAAGGAGGACCAGUUUAGCUACCUGCAAAGCAGUUGAGAUGAAAUCAUAAACAAUAGCACAACACGUGAACUCUUGACAAGUAAACAAGUUUGAUGAAACAUGGAAACGGAAAGAAAUAAUGAGAACGACUGUUUGAGCCCAAAGGAACAGAAGGUUGCUGUUAACUUUAUUUGGAGUCAACCAGAUUUUUCCCCAGAAGCAACAGCUGUCGACCUUAUUGUAGGCCACGCUGUUGGUGCUAACAAUGAUAUUUUUGAAAUGUACAUGGAGGGGACAGAAUUGAAGGAAAAUACGCCAAUUUCAGAAUAUAGACUUGACAAAAUGACAGAUUCUUCAAACUGUACCUCAUUUGAUAUCAAAAUUAAUUUACCAAAGAAUUCAUACCAAUUUCUGUUUCGAAUUGAGGAUGUCAACAACUUAAUUUAUUUGGCAGUCAGUGAAAGUUACAAACAAAUACAACUUGUCAGUGGGAGGACAGUAAAUUACUUGGAAGUAGAUGAUAACAAUUGCAGCACAAAGGAAGACAAAGAUGAAUUUAUGGAUGUCAAUGAAUCAGCCCCAUUGGUUGAAGGCGAGAGAAGAAAGAAUGGAAAAAGGGAAAAAGGAACAAGGUGUGGAUGCACACCAGGCAAUUGUUCUGUUCUGUAAUUUCCUAUUUUCAAGUGAAUAGUUGAAGAAACAACACCUAUUUAAUGUUUACAAUGAAGUGCAAUGAUUGGUAGAUGGAAGGUAAAAUGGAUAUGCACUCACCCCAAAAAACUGAUAACUGAAAAACCUUUUUACAUUGCUCUCAUUAUCAGGGUAGCUCUAAGGUAUUUUGCUCCAAGCCUGACUUCACUACCCCUGACUAAAAGUAAUGGGGUCUGGGGCUCCGGUUUACAUCUCACCAGUACAAUAGUAAUAGUUUGAGAGCUAUAGGAACAAAAGGGAUUGCACAAGCCCAUUGAAAGGUUUUUAGAGUUGCACAAGCCCCUUGAGAAAAGUGUAGCUACAGCCUGAUAACCAAUGUCUUAUUUCAGAACAGGUCUUACUCUGUAGCUCUUUCAUGAUGAAUUACAUGAACUGUAAGGCCUAUUUACCAUGACUCAAUGCCUUUAAUUUCUCCAGAUAUUUCUAAGGCUGGAUUUUUCUUAACUGGGCAGUCGCUAGCUAUUGUGCUCAAAAGAAAUGUUCAGGCCCAAUUUGCCCACAAAGUGAGUGAUGCAUCCUUUAUUUGCCAACAGAUCUUAAAAUUGACCAACAAAGGACUGCAAAAAACCCUUUGUGUUUGAAAUUGAAUUUUUUAAGGGGGGUUUUACAACAUUGUUCAAAAUUAUAUUUUACUGUACCUACCUCAACCACAGCUUGUUCUUUGUUCUUAAUUUUUUACCAAUUUUGAGGCUCUUUUUCUUAUGAAAUUUAUCUUGUAAGAAAAGACUAUUCAUGUCAAACUUGAAUGCAGGGUUUUUAUACUGUAUCGUCAUCAGCAUAAUAAUAACUGAUAAAACCAAGGGGCUUAAUUAUAACCAACCCUGUGUCUUAUUACCAAGUUUGAGAACUUUAUUUUUAUUGUGCGAAUAAAGGAGAGGCCACGAUAGAAGGCUGCUCGACGGACUCCGGGGGAAAUCUUGUGGCGAAAGUCAUAAUCGUCAUCAUAAUCGUCAUCAUAAUGAUUAUAAUCCUCAACAUCAAUCACCACCAUCAUCAUCAUCAAUCAUUAUCAUCAUCAAUCAUUAUCAUCAUCAAUUAUCAUCAUCAUCAUCAAUCAUCAUCAUCAUCAUCAUCACCAUCAUCAUCAUCAUCAUCAGUUUCGUCAUCAUCGCCUAUUCAUAAUAUCGAAGUACAUUUCCUCCACAUUCUUCGUACAUUGCAAAAGCCAUGCUAUUUAUUAGUUCAGUGACACUUUAUCUCGAUUUGAAACCUUGAGAUCUUCUCUGUAAUAUAUUCGUGACGUCAUAAGACGACUUGUUCAUGCGGCCUUGCAGAAUCGGGUGAAAAUGGCGGAUUGGGCAGACUACUUCUCACGAUCGCGACCACCAUCGAAUCUUGAGGAGGCCAAAAGAGCAAUAGAAGACUUUGCAUCGAAACAUAGACAGCUGGGCAGGAAUAUUGUGCUGGUGACGAGUGGAGGAACAACAGUUCCAUUGGAAAGUAACACAGUUCGCUUUGUUGAUAAUUUCAGUCAAGGAACAAGAGGUGCUUCCUCUGCCGAAUACUUCUUACAAUAUGGCUAUGCAGUCAUAUUUCUCCAUAGACAAAGGUCACUUGAACCAUUUUGCAGACAUUUUGAAGGCCACAAUGCUUUGGAUAUGCUUGAUGUGCAAUUUGAUCAAAACGGUGCUUGUUCCUUAUCAGUUGAUGAAUCAAGAGCUCCUUGGCUUCAGGAUAUUCUAAGAAAGUACAAGGAGGUACAGGGGUCAUGUCUGUUGCUGCAAAUUGGUUUUCUAACACUGUCAGAUUAUCUAUUUUUAUUGCAAGCUUCUGCCGAGGCAUUGUCACCCAUGGGCUCACAUGCAAUGUUUUAUCUUGCUGCAGCAGUUUCUGAUUUUUACAUUCCAGACAGUGAAGUGGCUGAACACAAAAUUCAAUCAGUAGAUGGUGUGCUGCAAUUAACAAUGUACCCAACACCAAAGAUGCUAUCCCCAUUGGUUAAGCAGUGGGCGAAGGCUGCUUUUGUUGUGUCUUUCAAGCUGGAAACGGAUGUGAACAUUUUAUCAAGAAAGGCAAGAGAAGCUCUGGAAAAAUAUAACCAUCAGGUUGUGAUAGCAAAUAUUUUGCAAACGAGGCGGAAGACUGUCGUAAUAAUCACACCAUAUGAUGAGUAUGCCAUUUGGAUGGCUGAAAAUGAGCUUGAGACUGGCAAGGAAAUAGAAGAGAAAAUCGUUGAAGAGCUAUCGAGGAGACACUUGCAGUUUAUAGCUGACAAUCCAGUGGCUGCUUCAAACAGCGAUGAUCCAAGCACGCCGAAUCAUCAAGUGCCAGUAAACACUCUGCCAGCAUCUUUACAAUUUCAGAAUCAAGGAUCUGAUAAUGCGGCUGAAAGCCAGAAUAUCCAAGCAGGAGGGAACAACCAAGUAAUGAACAACGGUGUUGUUGGAAGCCAGAUCGUGAGUCAGUCAAAGAGCCUUUAUUUUCAAAUGAAGUUUAACCCCGAUGGAACAACAGUGACUCAGGCGAUUCCGAACCCACCACAUAAUCUUCGUCGAUCCUUCUCAAGCAAAGACGAUCACGGACUGUCCGACGAAAUGCUGGAUUUUAUCAAAUACUUCAAAACCAAAAGGAUGUCAUUAGGGUAUACCCAGGAAGAUAUUGGAAGGGAACUUUCAGAGAUGAAUGGUCCAACAUACAGCCAAUCCUUUAUCUCCAGGUUUGAAGGCAAGCAGCUAGGGAUGAAAGCUGCGGAACGAAUGAGGCCUAUUUUGGAACUAUUUCUGCAACAGAAGGAGGCUGAAGGAUCUAAAAAUAUGAAAUUCGGAAAGAAAAGACGCAGGCGAACUUGCUUCAGUCAAGAGGCGCAGGAAAUUUUGAACAACCACUUUAGCAAGAAUCCAAAACCAUCUCCAGAGGAAAUUCAGCUGAUAGCUAACGAACUGGGAUUUGAACUGAACACGGUCAAAGUUUGGUUUUGCAACCGUAAACAAAGCCUUAAAAGGCAGGGCCAGCCAGUACCUGAUAAUUCACUUCGAGGCGAAUUAGAAGCGAGGCGAAAGCAAAGCCAAACAAACGAGGCUUCUGAAAACCAAUUUCAAAAUACGUUGAGUGUUCCUUCUAGCCAAGUAAAACAUAUGUUAUCACCUUCACCACCAUCUGGUGGUGUCACGAAUUUGCCAUUUAUAUUGAGCCAAGACGGCAUGGCAAUUGUAUCUUCGCCAAACUCCUUACAAGGGGCGCACAUCAUUCCCCAGUUUAUAGCUUCAAGUACUUCGCAGCAGUUAGUUCUUUCGCAGGUUCCCUUUGUACAGACAGUUUCUGCUAUGAACCAAGCGAUAUCCGGUGUUGUCACAGUCCCUGCUGUCCAGCCAGUACAGGUACUGGGAACGAGACAGGUUUUGUAUCACCAGGGAACACCCGUUAGCGCCGUGGCGAUAAACGAAGAUCCUCAUCGUGUAGCGCCUUCAACCGCCACCUCUCCACGCAAGACGGAUGCACUUCUAGCCGGACAGUUUUCAAAUACGGACACACGACCGCCGAGUGAACUGACUGUUGUUAGUCCAUCGAUGAUAUCACGAUCAAUGUCAAACGAAAUAGGAAGCACAGUAACGGACCAACCAAUCAGCGAUGAAUUACAUCCUCAGUCACGUGACCAAAUUCGCUCGCCUCCACCCGUCGUUAUUAUGGGUGACAGUAUGGACGAAUCAAGAGACUUGACGCAGAUUAAAUCUGCAGAGACGGACGUUAGCAUUACAAAGAAACUAAGGACCUUGUCGCAUAGCUGAAAGCUUGUUGUAUUUUGUCCAAUUUUGUUUCAUUUCACCCACAUUUUUGUUCUUCUUUUUGCUUUUGUACAGUCGCAAUAAUUUCCCCAAAGGGUAGCUUUUCACUUCCUUUGUCUGAUUUUAGUUUCCCUUGCUAUGACAUAUUAUGUUAAUUUAUGUCAUAUGUAUGUCCAUAUAUGGCGCCUUUUACAUCUCGAUGUCUUCUCACACUGCAAAACCUGUUGUUUGCAGUCAACGGUUUACUGACGGGACAUAGUGCCUAAAAUAUUCCAUUAUAUUGGAGUUCUAGACGUUAUAUGCCUGCAAUAGAUUUUAUCUACUAUUUCCUAAAGGCAUCACUUACUUCGUUUGAUUUUUCACAUACCAUUUAGUAUCCCUCGUAAAUUUCAACCCUAAUCUCAUUCAUUGAUCAAUUGAUCUCAUUGAUCAACUCUCAUCUUUAGCAGAACUUAAGGGUUCCAUUCAUGUUUAUGAAAUUAGUUAGCCCUUCCUAAACAUCUUGAAUGAAAUUUUCAUUCCAUACUAAAACUUUUCUCAAUUUUUCAAUUUAUUUUUUCUUCAUCUGUCUUUUUUUUACAUGUUCACUUUAUGGUCGUUUAGCUGUAAACCUUGUAAAGUUAUAUUUUUAGAUAAUUUUUCCUCGUCGUUUUUCUCUAAAUGUGUUUUGAACUGUUUUUGUAGUUUCAGAUUAUACAAUAUUAUGGUUUUAAAAAUCCGACUUUUAUCCUUAUCAGCUUCCAUUUCUUACGUUCAACUUUUUGUAUGUACCGGUUUUGAAUUAUUUUGCUUUUUAAAUCGAUGGGAAAUUGAGAAGAUACUAAAAGCAAAAUAUUUUUCCAUUCUUAAAGACCUUGUCCAGUCAUUUUCAUUGAAAACUGAAUGGUUGGUUUCGUUAAAGUGCUGUCAGACUUUGUGUCCAGGACUCUUCGCCUUGCAAAAACUAUCAACAUUCAAGCAAGCAGAGGGCCAAGCCAUUUGUCUAUUUUAAAGCCAUAUCCCAUAAGAGAUGGAGAACUUCUUCCCUUGGGAAUGGUUUCUACGCUGUUUUUACAUUCAAGCCGGAGUUUGUUUUGUGCUCUCCAAUCCAAGUGAUGCACAGGCGUAAAGGCCUAUUACUUUCGCAAUACUAUCGCUUCAGCAGGGCAAAAAUGAAAACGAUGAAGAUUUGCUAGUAUAAUAAAGAGAGAAAAAUAGAGUUGAGAACAAAAUGUAAAGAAGGUUGAAUCCAAGGAAAAGAGUAAGUAAACGUGCGUUAAGCUCUGUUUUUUUGCAAAAUUUCGCUCAAUUUUGUAUCUACAUUUUUUACACGUGCUCUAAGCCUAAAUUAUUAUAAGCAAUACCUAAAUUGUAUUUCGUUUACUGUGAAUUACGUAGGUCAUAUUGAUCACCUAAACAGAAUCUCGUUGAAAUAGAUAACCUUUUGAGAAUGUUUUCUCAGUGUUUGUUUGGCACCAAACAAAAAGCAAACCAGAAGACAGAGAGAUGUCAAGGCUCCUUGACUGGACUCUCAUUUGCCAAACAUGAAGGAGCCUGAGCUACUUAUUGUUUCACAAAUUGCUCAAAAUCUGUAGUUUUGCAGUCUGUUUAUUCAUAUUUCUGGGUCCCUUGAAAAGUGCGGUUAGGCCAUUAGGUGAAUAAUUUGCUCUAUUAUAUGCUUUGUUAAGAUGUUAAAAGUUAUUAAACAUGGGCAGAGUGUGGAGGGCGGAGUCUUUUUCUCCAAAACGAGAAAUACCAUGUACUUUACUCCCUAGUGGAUCCCAUUAAAGCCUGAAUGGCUAAGAGGCUUCUUGACUGCCUCCAUACCACAGAUUUUUUCUUUCUUCUGCCUAAACAUGGCCUAAAUAGAUCCCUUUUCCCCUUCCUUCUUUAUCGUAAAGAAUUUGAAUUAUUAAUCAAAGAUAGGAUCGUAUUCUGACCUGCAGGGUAUAGGAACAGCCUACUUUGGGUGUUUACGGGUAAUAACCUGGAAUCAGGUCGAACGGAGGCGGACAGCCUGAAAAUCCACCGCAUCGGUUGUUUGCGAUAUCCUUUAAUGCCACCGACGACGUGAACGUGGUUGAGCUUAAGCGAAAGUGGUUUGGCCUAGAUUAAAAUAUAUCUUUCAAGAUAAGAUAUGCCAUUUUUAUCGCAAUGUAAAGCCAACGCUCAACACAAACUAGUUUGCUGAAUCCGCGUAAAAGCAAACAUUCAAAUUGGGAUAUCACAUGUGACAUGUUGCUCUUGUCAUAUUCUUGAGAGAAAAGGACAGCUAAAGCGUCUAUUUGAACUCUUUCCAGGGUUUGAUUGGCUAGAUUCUGUCGAGUCAUUCAUUUCAUUGGCUGCCCUCCCCGAUUGCUAUCAUACUGGAAAAUGCCGAAAAAAGUGCUUAUAUUUUAAGCAUUCUAAAAGAAAGGCUUAACAUAAACCCACAGACAAUAAGUGUGAUUAUUCAAGAAUUUCUUGUGAUGAAGAAUCUAAUUCUUUAGGAUUCUCACAGGA